AAAAAAAAAUUAAUAAACCUAUUAUAUUCUAUGUGAAUGGAGACUUUGGAAGUUUGUUGAAAAGUCAACAAAUGCCAUGUCUUAAAUGUUUAGUUGAAGGAGUGGGUGACAAUGGAAUAUUGGAAUAGAUGGAAUAGAGUUUUGUGUUGAAUUGUUACCAUUGACUUGAUGACUUAUGUGUGGAAAUUUUGAGCAUUGACUUGAUGACUUAUGUGUGGAAAUUUUGAGCGUUCAUACAUAUUCAUUUCAUCAUAUAUCAAAUGUUUACCAAGCAAAGCUAAGCAACCAAAUCUACCCGGAAGUUUAAUGUUGUGAGUGUCUACAAAGCCACCAUUUGCUACUAAAAUGGAAUGUUGGGCUUGUAGUAAGCGGAAAUCAUUGCAAUAUUCAUUGUUGAUGUUAAUGAUGAUACAUAUUCUAGUGGCUGGGCAUACACAAGGGGAUUGUGUAGAAGAGGAGAGAAAGGCACUACUGGAAAUCAAAGCCUCCCUUAUGAAGUCAUAUGAUUCUGAAAUUGACAAAUUUCUCCCUACCUGGGUUGAUUAUGGCAGUGGUACACCUGGUGAUGGUGGCAACAACUGUUGUGAUUGGGAGAGGAUCAACUGCAGCACAACAACAGGGCAUGUGACAGAACUCUCUUUGUACAAUUUAAGAGGGGCAAAAGAUGUUUACAUGGAUAAUGAGAGCAAGUUGUGGCCAUUGAAUGUUUCCUUGUUUCUUCAUUUUAAUGAGUUGACUAGUCUCAAUUUGUCAGAUAAUUUUCUUGAUAAAGAGUUUAUUAAGACAGGACUUGAAAGGUUGUCAAGUUUGAAGAAGUUGGAGGUACUAGACCUUAGUGGGAAUCGUGAUAUCGAUAACGACAUCCUUCCAUCAUUAAAGACACUCGCUUCACUCAAAGUCUUGGAUCUUAGCCACACUAGCUUGAAUGGAAACUUCCCUACCAAUGAAUUUGCUGCUUUAGAGAACUUGGAGAUGCUGGAUCUAAGCGACUGUGGCUUCAAUGGUACCUUUGAGAUUCCAGGUUCUGAGAGGGUUUCUGUAUUGAAGAAGUUGAAAACUUUAAAUGUUGCGGGCAACAAAUUUAACGAAAGCAUCAUAAGAUCUUUAAAUACCCUUUCAUUGCUCACAAGCUUGGAUCUUAGCCACAGUCUAAUGUCAGGACCAUUUCCAGCUCAAGAAUUUGCUGCUUUAGAGAACUUGGAGACGUUGGAUCUAAGCUAUUGUGGCUUCAGUGGUACCUUUGAGAUUCAAGGUUCUGAGAGGGAUGUCAUAUUGAGGAAGUUGAAAACUCUAAAUCUUGCUUACAACAGAUUUAAUGAAAGCGUUAUAACAUCACUAAGUAUCCUUUCAUCGCUUACAAACUUGGAUCUUAGCUACAAUCAAAUGUCGGGAUCAUUUCCAGCUCAAGAAUUAUCACAUCUCACUAACCUGGAGGAGCUGGAUUUAAGUGAAACAGAGCUCAACAGCGCACCAAAUAUCCAAGCUUGUAAGACUCUAUUGAAAUUGAAAAGGCUGAAGAGUAUAAAUCUAUCAGAUAACAAUUUCAACAAGAGCAUCAUAUCAUGCCUAAGUGCCCUCCCAUCCCUCAAGAUUCUUGAUCUUUCACAUUCUUUUUCAUGGGGAAGUUCCUUUCCUGUCCAAGAAAUCUUUACUUUGCCUGAUUUGGAAGUCCUCUUCUUGAGAGAUAAUGGUUUCAAUGGAACAAUACCAAUGGAAGCUUUUGCAUCUUUCCACCAUUUGGAGAUGUUAGAUUUGAGUGGCAACAGUUUUGUUGGGAUCAUCCCAUCAGCAAUACCAGCAUUAUCUUCCCUGAGAGCUGUCUCAUUCGCUUACAAUUAUCUUAAUGGAUCAUUAUCAGAUCAUGGGUUAUGCGAGUUGAAGAACCUCCAUGAGUUGGAACUUAGUGGCAACAUGCUCCAUGGAACUCUGCCUCAGUGUUUGAAAAAUCUAUCAUCUCUUAAGUUGUUGGAUAUUUCUUCAAACCAAUUCUCAGGGAUACUUAAGCCAUCCCUCAUUGCUAAUCUUACAUCUCUCGAAUAUAUUGAUUUUAGUCAUAACAAAUUUGAAGGUUCAUUCUCCUUCAGCUCCUUAUCCAAUCAUAUAAAGCUUGAGGUUGUUCGAUUCAGAAGCGACAAUGACAAGUUUGAGGUGGAAACAGAAGAGCCUAUAGGUUGGAUUCCAAUGUUUCAGUUGGAAAUUCUUGAGCUAUCUAAUUGUAAUAUGAAAAUGCCUAAAGGACAUGUCAUUCCUGGGUUUCUAGUUCACCAGCACAAGUUACGGCUACUAGACAUGUCACAGAACUCCUUGGAGGGACACUUCCCAAAUUGGUUGGUUAAAAACAACACGUAUCUGGAAGGUCUUGUUCUAAGGAACAACUUGUUUGUCGGUAUGCCUUUGUAUAGGAAUGCUAAUAUGCUGGAGUUGGAUAUGUCUGGGAAUGGAAUGAUAGGUACUCUUCCUGACGAUAUACCAAAGUUCUUUCCCAACAUGGGGCAUUUGAAUUUGUCCAUGAAUAGUUUAAGUGGUGUUAUCCCAUCCUCAGUCGGUGAAUUGAGUGAAUUAGUGAUGCUGGAUUUAUCAGACAAUGAGUUAUCAGGAGAAAUACCAAAGGGAUUCUUUACUAAAAAGUCUAGUUUGAUGAUCUUAAAACUAUCAAAGAACAAGUUGCACGGCCAGGUACUCUCAGGAAACUUAACCUGGGGCAGCCUCUAUUUGGUUUACUUAGAUAGCAACCAUUUCACAGGGAAAAUUGGAAAUAAGAGCAACAAGGAAACUCAUGAAUCUCUGAGCGUUCUGGAUAUUAGCAAUAACUUGUUUACAGGUAUCAUCCCUGAUUGGAUAAGCAACAUGAGUAGCUUGUCUGAAUUGGUGGUGAGAAAUAAUAGUUUCCAAGGCCCGUUUCCUUGUGGAGCAGCUCCAUUUUCAUUUCUUGAUAUCUCCCAUAAUUCUUUCUCCGGACCCAUCCCGUCCUGUUUGAAUUUGCAAGACAUGGAGCAUCUUCUUUUGGGUUCCAACAAAUUCAUUGGAUCAAUACCCAAAUCCUUUCGUAAUUUGACUCAGGUUUUGACUUUGGACAUUGGCGACAACUCCUUGUCAGGCAGGAUUCCUACAUUUCUUGGUGAACUAUCCACUUUAAGGAUUCUUCUUUUAAGAAAAAACAACUUGAGUGAUUCCAUCCCGAAGCAGUUGUGUCAAUUAAGUAAAGUGAGCUUGUUAGACUUAUCUGGUAACUCACUUUCUGGUUCCGUACCUAGCUGCCUUCACAAUAUUACUGGCCCAACCGACCUUGCUUUCUUCAAAUAUGUGAAGGUGAGGUAUAGGCUUGAUUCCUCUCCCCAUUAUGGGAGUAUUCUAUUGGGGAUGCAUCCUAUCUACCUCAACAGUGAAGUAUUGGAAACACAAGAUGAAAUUCAAUAUACAACAAAAAGGCUCUUUCUCAGCUACAAGGGUGGCAUCCUUGAUUACAUGACAGGGUUGGAUCUAUCUAGUAACAAACUUACAGGUGAAAUUCCACAAGAACUUGGGGGGUUGAGCCAGAUUCGCGCUUUAAACCUGUCUCACAAUCAGCUGACUGGACCCAUUCCAGCGAGCUUCUCAAAUCUUGCAAAUAUAGAAAGCUUGGACCUUUCUUCAAACAGUUUGACCGGAAAAGUUCCGUCAGAACUGAUUCAGAUCAAUUUUCUAUCUUUUUUCGAUGUGUCUCACAACAAUUUGUCGGGUAGACUCCCAGAAAUGAAAGGACAGUUUAGUACCUUUACAAAAGCGAGCUACCAAGGCAAUCCACUUCUUUGUGGACCACCACUAGACAAUAGAUGCAUAACUCAGUCACAGGCUUCUAAAGAAGAAAAACGCACUGAGAAAUGGUAUGAUAUCGAUAUGACGUGUUUCUAUGGAAGUUCUAGUUCAACAUGUGUUGUGUUCUUGUUGGGAUUUUUUGCGCUUCUUUACAUCAAUCCUUACUGGCGCAGAUGGUGGCUAAACUCGGUUGAAGAGUAAUUCUAUAGUCAGACGCUUGUUCCCUACUGCCGAUGCAUCGUCCAUCCUUCUCCAUUUAUCCGUUCGACAACUCGUUCUCCAUUUACCACAAAUCGGGCGCCAUGUGUAAGAUGGUGCUUCUUCAACCUUCUAAGAUGGCGUUUCACCUCCAUCCAAAAGUUGUAUGAGCAGUCCGUCUUCAUUCUCCCGCUUAUCAUUUGUAUUUGAGAACCAACGGCAACACCCAAAGUGCCGUUAUGUGCAUGCUACUCUUGAGAAAAAUACCGACAUUACCCAUCACAGGUCAUUAUUCUUUUUCUUAUGGUGCAAAAGCACAUUAUAUUCUUUUUCUUAUGGUGCAAAAGCACAUUAUAUGUUGGUUACAAAUGAAGGCAAGUUUCUAUAUUCAACAUUGAUAUCUAUGACGACAUUUCAAUCUACUUUUGCUAAAAUAUAGUUUUUUGAAAUUAUGUACAUCAGUUAUGUAUGUUGGCUUGUAGUUACAGUGAAAUCAUCAAGGAGCCCAACACCAUUUUUCUAAGAUAAUAUUUUCAUUUGAGUCUUCAAUGUUGGUCACACAAUAACCACAAGUUGGCUUACGGCUUAUGAGGUCAUUUGUUUAACUUCUUACCUUUAAUAAUAUUUUUGUUAUAAAAACGCUCCAAGUUUUCUAUUUUGUUAUAGUUCUAAAAUAACUGAUGACCUCUUUCAAAAACUAUCCUUAUCUCAUUGCUCUAUUUCUCUUUUUGUUAAUGAAGUUAAGAGUGAAGUUAGGGAAAUGGGGCUUCGCCUAUUAAUUCAUGGCCUUUUUCACAAUCUGCCCUUAUUUACUUUUUAAUUCUUUUUUUGCAUGAGAGUCAAGUGGGGGCACGUGGAGUGGUUGAAGCAUUACACUUAUGAAAUACUUGUCGAGAUUGAAAAAAAAAGACCGAGCCUACAAAGUUGGUGCUUGAGAAAUACUAUUGCCUACGGAGAACAAAGACUCAUGACCUUUACCUUUCCAACUACUUGGUGAAUGGAUAGGUACACCAUAGAUGUAAUGUACUACCAAACAAGCCUCUAUUCAAGCAACUCAAUUCAGGAUAGCAUAUUCUGAUUACUCUGUCUUUAAUUUUUAAUUGUUUGUAUGGAUAGGUUUUGGGAUGUCUGAUAACUUAGAAGCUUCUUUAAGUACAAACAUGUAAAAAAAAAAUGAAAGUAGUACUAGACCACAAUGUACUUGCACUUUUUCGGUAUUAGAAAAAUAUAUUUUGAUGACGAUUCAAAAAUUCCCAAAUCACCCUCCAUGGACCGUGCUUAGCACGGGCCUUAAAAUGC